AUGAACUAUUUAUGUGAUGAUGAAUUACAUUCAGAAGAUGAAAUAUAUUCUGAUUAUGAAUAAGAAUUGAAUAAUCCUAAUUAAGCUAUGACCUUAGAAUAGUAAAAUGAACUUGAAGAAUCGAUUUAAUUUUACAAUAAAUAAAUAGAGACUUACAAAGGGCAAGCUAAUCCGCAUAUUUGUAAAAGUAUAAAGAUUAUGUUUAAUAUUUAAAGUUAGAGCCUUAAAAUAAUUAAAUAAAUUAGAUGAGGCACGAUAGUGUUGGGAAUUUUAUUUAGAAAAUUUUUUAAACAAUAGAGAUUCUUGGAAUUAUGAUUAAUUCAAAUGUAUAAAUUAAUAACAAUAACAUUAGAUGACUUUUUAAUAAGUUUGGGGUGGGAAGAAUUACUUAUGGAAACGAUUGAAGAAGGAAUAAGGGAUUCAAAUAAAAAUUAAAGAUAUUUAUAAUUUAAGGGUAAUAAAAUAAAAGUAUUCUAAAGGACAAUAUUUAGAGAAAAAAAAUAAGUUAGAUGAGGCUAUUUAAUGUUGGAAGAAAGGAAUUGAAAUAAACAAUCUUAAUUUGGUAUUCUAUUCGAAAUUAGGUAUUUAAAAAUAAUAUCGAAUAGCUGAUACUCUAAAGAAAUAAGGUAAAAUGGAUGAAGUUAUAGAAUGUUGGAAUUCUGGAAUUUUAAAUAAUAAUAAAAGUUAAUAUUCUUAAUGUUAUUUUUAUAAAGAAAAAUGUAAGUAUCAUUUUGUAAACUUUAGCUAAAGCAUUAUUUAAAUAAUAGAGAUAUGAAGAAGUUAUAGAAUGCUGGAAAGAAGCUAUCUAUUAAAAUAAAUAUUGCUGGUCGUUUUAUUAUGAAGCAAGUAAUAAUAAUGAUUAAUAUUUUUAGUUAAAUUUUUAAUGUAAUUGGGAAAAUUCAGAGAGUUAUUGGAACUCUUGAAUUACGGAAUUGAUAAUAAUAAAUAAUAAAUCGACUUUUAUCAAUUUAAAGGUUGCAUAAUAUUAAUAUCAAUAUUAGCUAGUACUUUAACAAAGUUAAAAAGAUAUGAUGAAGUUAAUUAAUGUUGGGAGGAAGGAAUUAAUAGAAAUAUAGAAGAUAUUACUUUUUAUGAUAAAAAAGGUAAAUUUUAAAAUAUAAUUUUAGCAAAAUUAUUAUUGAAGUAAGGUAAAUUUUAAGAAUUAAUUGAAUUAUGGAAUAAAGGAGUUAAUAAUAACAAAACUAAUAUUUAUUUUUAUGAAGAAAAAAGUAUAUAAAAUUAAUAAACAUUAGUCAAGGUUUUAAAAAAAUAUGGUAAUUUAUAAGAAGUUCUUGACUGUUGGGACUUUGGAAUUAAAUAUAAUAGUAAUAAUAUACAGUUCUAUUAAAAUAAAUGUAUAUUUUUAUACUAAUAUCACUUAUAAAGAUUAGGUUUUAAAGAAACAUGGGAAAUGGUAUGAAGUUAUUUAGUUAUGGAAUUAAGCAAUUUAAAAAAAAAAGGAUAGCAUUUAAUUCUAUUAGAAGAAUAGUUUAAAAAUAAUUCAAAUAUAUUAUUAGUUUAAGUGUUAGAAUCAUAUGGGAGACUUGCAGAAAUUAACGAAUGUUUAGAUUAUGGGAUUGAAAAGAAUCAAAAUAAUAUUGAGUUUUAUAGAUUGAAGGGUAAUAUAAAAUUCAAAAUUUUUAGCUUAAAUCUUAACAAAAUAAAGGAAAUGGGAAGAAGUUAUUGAUUUUUGGAGUGAAGCAAUUCAAAAUAAUUAGAAUUAAUAUUAUUACUAUGAAGAAAAAAGUGAUAUAUAAAUUUUUUAAUUUUAGUCAAAUUCCUACAAAAAUAAGGAAAAUAAAACGAGGCAAUUGAAUUGUUGAAUAAAGGAAACAAACUUAACAUUGAAAAUUAGGUCUAUUAUUCUUAGUAAAGUAAUAUUAGUACAAUAAUUAGUAUCUUCAUUAAUAAAAUAACAUUAAUGGGUAUUAUCUAUUAUACGUUGUGAUUAAGCUAAUCAGCAUUGUUAGCCCAAGGGUAAAUUAUUUUAAGACUAAAAAGGUAUUUAAUUUAAUUUUCUUAGUUAUUUCCUUACAAUCAUUAAAUCUAUAUAAAAAAGCUCUUAUAUGUUAUCGAUUUACCAAUAAUACAUAUUUUCAAAAACUCCUUAAAUAAAAAUUAUGA